AUGGAUAAUAAAGUUUUAUGCACUUGUGUAUUUUGCAUGCAAGAAACUAAUGGUUGUGGCAAAUUAUUAAGUAUCUCUACUCGAACAAGGCAUAGGAAGCGAGAAAAAAAUCUUCAAAAUUCUUUUCCAAUUUCAAAUAAUACAUCUAACAAUAUUUUAAAUAAUCAAAUAAACAUUGUUAAUUUAGAAAAUAAGAAAUUGGAGGAGAAUGAAUUAGAUAAGGAGAAUGAAUCAGAGGAGGAUAAAUUGGAUAAGGAUAAUAAAUUAGAGGAGAAUGAAUUGGAAGAGGAGUGUGAAUCAGAGGGGGAUGAAUUAGAGGAGAAUGAUUCAGAGGAGAAUGAAUUAGAGGAGGAUGAAUUAGAGGAGGAUGAAUUAGAAGAGG